UCCUGCCAGACUGACUCUCCCAGGCUCGUCCCUAGUUACCACAGCCACAAAGUCAUGAACCCCGCCUAUUUCUACAGUUGCUCUUAAAUUGGUUAUUUUAAACAUCACCACACUGCAAACGUUAUGCCGAACCCUAACCUUAAAUUAAGGCCAAAAAGCUAUUUUUAGUUUUCAUGCAGUUUUACAAUAUUGACAAUUUGAACUUUGUGGCUGGGGUAACUAUAGUGAAACCCCUCUCCCAGGCGCGUCGCCAACGGAACAUCAGAGCUGAGGACUGGCGUCUCCUGGUAGUAAAUCUAUCAGGUCUCCACCACAUCAAGUCCAAAAGAGGGGGACUAAAGGAAAUAAAGAGGCAAUAAAGAGGAAAGGGUCUCCCUUGCAGGAAGAAGGAAUCUCCCAUCGUUUUAAACCUGGUUCCAUUACCAGAGCGAGGACACACGCGGGUUAAGCGUUUUACCGAGACGGAUUAAUAAAACGCCAGACGGAUGUUCGCGAGGAGGGGUGGUCCGCUCUGAAGUUGGAGACUACUGCCUACCGAAUACGGAGAGAGGAGAGAAGCGCUUUUGUUUUUCCAGUGAAGGCUAGCGCCCCCCGGCCACAGCAUGAAGCUGCCGCCUUGUUUCAUGGCGCUCGUCGCGGCGCUGCUCGCUCACUCCGCGAUGGGUCAGACCUGGGUGUCGUCUAUAGAUCAAGAAAGUUCUUCCGGAGAUGAGUUCUAUGACGAUGAAGACCUCGUCUCAGGCUCCGGAUCUGGCUUUCCAGAGAUGAAGAUCAACCCUACGGCGGUGGACAUAUCUUUCACAACGGAAGCGCCCCUCCCCUUCUCCACCACCCAGGCCACUGGCCCCGCACCCUCGGCCCCACCUGUAGCCGAGCCCAGCCCUAAACUUGACGUCCUUCCUACCCCACUACCCACUGAGGGAGAAGGGGAGAGCGGGGUAGAGUGGGAGAGAGAACAAGAGACGGAGAGGGAACAAGAGACGGAGAGGGAACAAGAGAGGGAGAGGGAACGAGAGAGGGGGAGGGUACAAGAGAAGGAGAGGGAACAAGAGAGGGAGAGGGAACAAGAGAGGGAGAGGGAACAAGAGAAGGAGAGGGAACAAGAG